UUCCGAGGCCCCUCCGCUCCCCACUCCUCCACCCUCCGAUCCUCCCCAUCAACGGUUCCGCUGUCCGAUCACCGAUCCCCGCGUUUAAUUGCAUUCUCUCUUCUCCCUCUCUCGUUUCCUCGGUUCAGUUCCGUCCUCUCCUCCAUCCCUGUAAUAUCUCCGAUUCUUUCAUGGCCCUUACUUUCUUGAGCAUUGCGAGCUUAAUCCCUGGCGUCGGACGAGGAUUGGGGCCAAUCUGAAGACUUGCAAGAGAGUCGGUAUCCAAGAAAGGAGGAAGAAUUGGUAAAUCUUUUCUUGGAGGUCUCUUUUUGUCGGUGGAUGAAAAAGCUUGGCAUUUUCUUGUGAAAAUGGAAUAUGCUUUUCCUCUGUCAAGCAGUGACCUUACGUGGUUGGAGAAGCUUUUGAGAACAGAAUUCUUUGUUGACUGCUCUGUUCAUGGCCUACUGAAGAAGAAUCUGUUCUGCAUCCACUGUGGUACUUCUCUGUGCCAUCAAUGUGCUCUGAAGCAUUGUUCACAUCCCCACCUUCAGAUACGAAGGUACUUAUACCAUGAUGUUGUCCGUCUUGAGGAUCUGAAGAGCUUGGUUGACUGUUCCCAUGUGCAGAGAUAUAUUGUUAAUGGUUCCCAGGCCGUGUUUCUUAACCAUCAAGGCAGAACGGGGCAGCGGCGAGGUAUAGAAAAUUGUUGUCAGUCAUGCAAUAAGAUUCUGCAACAAUCUUAUCAAUAUUGUAGCAUAGCUUGUAAGGCAGAGGCUGUUCCAGAGCAAUUGGUUCAGCAAGCACCAGGCAUUUACUUGCAAAAUGAUUCAUCUUCAAUCGCUAGCUCAAAAGUAACAGAAGUAUCUGACGAUGGUGAUACAUGUUCUCAUGGAUUGCAGAAGUCUACUUUGGGGAGGAAAAAGGGCAUCCCCAAGCGAUCGCCUAUGUUUUAGAUCUUGUAGGAUUUUAAUUUGAUCGGGCAAGCUGCAAUAGGUGUACAUCCCAGCAAUCAUGAUGCUAUCCAUGAGAUGGUAUGACAAUCAUUUAUUGGGAGAAUUUCCCACUGAAAAUGAGGCGCUACUUUGUAGAUUGUAUGAAGAUCUUCACCAACUGGCAUAUGCCGUAAAUUAAGAUUCUUCUUUCUUCUCAUAUUCACGGUCUGGAAUUCUGAGAUUUAAGCCAAAAUUUAUAAUCUUUGUCUGA